CUCACAUUGUCUGUUUUUUGGGCGGCGCUUUUUUUCAGUCAAACCCUCGUUGACCAUCUCUCUCUCUCUCUCUCUCUUUCUCUCAUCUUUAAACUCUCUCUUCUUUAUAAAACACAACACAUCUUUUAUUACAUAAACAAGAACUCUCUUUUGUAAUAAUAAUAUCAUAGCAAUGGCUCCGAAGCAGGUCGUGAACGCCGUGAGGAAGGAAGUGCAUUUCAGAGGAGUGAGGAAACGUCCUUGGGGAAGAUACGCGGCGGAGAUCCGUGACCCGGGUAAGAAAACUCGGGUUUGGCUCGGGACUUUUGACACGGCGGAGGAAGCAGCUAGGGCUUACGACAAAGCUGCGAGAGAGUUUCGUGGUUCGAAAGCCAAGACUAAUUUCCCACUUCCCGGCGAGUCUGGUGCUGUUACGGUUACGACGACGGCGCGUGAGAUGACGCGUCAGAGGUUCCCGUUUGCAUGUCACCGGGAACGUAAAGUCGUUGGUGGUUACGCUGCGGCUGGGUUUUGUUUCGAUCCGUCGAGAGCUGCAGCGUUAAGAGAGGAGCUUUCUCGGGUUUACCCGGUUCGGUUUGAUCCGGUUAAUAUUGAGUUGAGUAUUGGUAUUAGAGAAGCAGUGGUUAAAGUUGAAGCAAGAAGAGAACUCAACCUGGAUCUUAAUUUAGCUCCACCCGUCGAUGUUUAGAUUUGUUUCGUAAUUUGUUAUUUUUUUUUUUUAACUUUCACGAUUAAUAUUUUUUGUUCUAUUUUUUUCUUUUUUUGGAUUUUGGUAGAUGAGAGAAAAAAAAUGUCCUAUAUUUUUGGCUAAGUAAAGAGGACAUGUUUUUAGAAUUCCUUUUUUUAUGGACUAUGUUUCCUCUAAUUAUGUAGUUGUAAACUAUUAAUCAAAUGUUUCCUUUUUUAA